AUGUACGCAAGAUUCAAGAACUUAGAAGAAUCGCGUUUUAUCGAUGGAAGCGAAUAUAAGGGUACUUGGACCACAUUUGGCAUGGAAGGAGUCGGUAAAUUCAUCAUGCCGCACAAUGCUAUCUUUGAAGGAGAAUUUCGCGAUAAUACGUUUCAUGGCUAUGGUAGUCUAUAUUGGCCUUGUGGGCAAAGAAUGGAUGGAAUUUGGAUACAAGGUGAAUGUAGAGACAAGCAAUACGUUUUUAACGAUGGAUUAAAUUUUCUUGAAACUGAUUGGAAGUAUUGCAAAUUUCCUGAUAGACGAUACCAACUGUGUCAUAAAUAUGGAUUGAAACCUGCUGGAUCAACUUUACGCACGAAUAGUCAAGACGAAUUUAUUAUUCCUCCUAAGUGUUACGAUGCAGGCAUCGGAAUUUUUAACCCAUCUCAGCAUACUAUUAUUUGCUAUUCAGACUUGAAAAAGAUAAUUGAGAUACCAAAUAUCAAAUUCACUAAGUGGAUAAAAAAGAAUUGUCAAAAGGCAUGGUCUGAACCAACUGGAAAAAAUAUAAAAGCUUUCUAUAAAUAUUACAAGAAGGUUCCUUCUACAUUAUUACCAUUUUCAAAUAAUUCUUUUGAAUCCUGGUGGAAGAGAUUAACUACUUUUAGUCAAGAUUCUACCUACGAACGAAAAAAAUCCUAUUGUUCAUGCAAAGAUAAAACAUCAAGCGUUAAAGAAGAUAAAAAUCCCAUUGAAAUCCAUUUAAUUGAAACGGAUAUAGAAAAAAAAUACAAUACAAUUUAA